AUGAAGAAGAAGGAUUACAAGGAGUUUUCGGAGAAUGUGUUCAAUCAGAGCAAACACAACCGGAAAGUUCUCAGUCGCAGUCAACCUAAGAAGCGUGGUUUUAAUUCUAAAACAGCCAUAGAACAGGUUAAAAAAAGAUGUGACGAACUGAAUCAAGUAAGUCUUUAUAGUUUGAUUGUUACCUUUUAGACAAUUGCAUCAACUUAUCAAAGAUUUGAUGAGUUCCCUCUCUCCCCGUUGACAUUGAAGGGCCUGACCGACAGCGGAUUUGAGAAACCAACCCCUGUACAAAGAGAUUCUCUUGGUUGGUCUUUGAUUGGGAAAGACGUUGUUGGAUCUGCGAAGACGGGUAGCGGGAAGACAUUGGCACUUAUUAUACCUGUAAUUUCCUCUUUCUUAGUCAGUUGACCUUUUAGAUAUUGGAAAAGCUUUGGAAGAGUCGAUGGACGAAGGAUGAUGGAUUGGGUGCUCUUGUAAUUGUUCCCACUCGCGAGCUGGCUUAUCAGAUAUUUGAGAUUCUAAAUUCUGUUGGCAGUUUGCACCAAUUCUCUGCCGCCUUGUUGAUCGGAGGAACUGAUGUGCAAUUCCAAAUGCAAAGAAUGGCCUUUAUGAACAUUAUUAUUUGCACUCCUGGCCGGCUUUUGCAACAUCUGGAGGAAAAUUACUCAUUUAAUUGCGACCAACUGCAGAUUUUAGUCAUUGAUGAAGCAGAUAGAAUAUUGGAUUUGGGCUUUAGAAGUCAGGUAAGCUUCAAGGAGGUAGAUUUAAUGCUUGGAUUUUAGAUUGAUUCAAUUGUGUCGUAUUUGCCUAAAGAAAGACAAACGCUUCUUUUCUCCGCAACGCAAACCAAAAGCAUUGAGGACUUAGCCAGAGUGUCGGUUACAGAUCCUGUCUAUGUUAGUGUAGACGAACAUAGUGAUGAAGUCACUCCAAAAAAUCUCGAACAGGUUUGCUGGUUUACGUUUUAUGAUCUUAAUUUGUAGAAUUACAUGGUCUGCAAUGAAGAGGAAAAGAUUAACGUGCUUUGGUCAUUUUUGGUUAACAAUAAAAGAUCGAAAAUCCUUAUCUUUGUUUCGUGUUGUAAGGAGGUAAGUUGUAUAAUGAUAGUGGUGUUUAACUUGCAUUCUUCUAGGCGCGGUUUUUAUCGGAAGCCUUUAUGCAUUUAAGGCCUGGAAUUUCGCUUGGUGGUCUUUGGGGUACCCAAAAGCAGACCAAACGGCUCGAGAUUUAUCAGAGUUUCGAUAGGAAGAAGAAUGGGGCUGCUUUAAUUUCGACCGACGUGGCCAGCAGAGGAUUGGACUUUACCGACAUAGACUGGGUUUUGCAAUUGGACUGCCCCAACACAGUAGAAGAUUACAUUCAUAGGUAAAAGGUCGUGCAUUUUCAAUGUUUGUAUAUAGGGUAGGAAGGACGGCAAGGAUGAAUAAGAAGGGCCGCGGUGUUCUUGUUUUGACGCCGACUCAGGAACAACCUUUUGUAACACAGCUUAAGAGUAAAGGUGUUCCGAUCACACAGAUCCGACCGGAUCAAAAGAAGAUUGUAGAUAUCCGGACCAAAUUGAUGGCGACGAUAGCAAACUUCACCGAAUUGAAGGAAUUUGCUCAUGGAGUAGGGUUGUUCCUUUAAUGUUGUCUAAUUUUUAGAGUAUUGUGGCAUACGCGAAGUCUAUGUAUUUUGCUCAAGACAAGGAAGUGUUUGAUGUUAAGAGUAUCGAUUUUGAUGCUCUUGCGUUGUCUUAUGGAUUGGCUGUAACCCCAAGGAUUCGGUUUUUGAAAAAGCGUGGAAUUUCUGUGAAACAAAACGAGCCGGAUGUUAAAAACGAAAUGUCCAAGAACAAGAAAAAGAUGGCUUUACGAGAGUUAUUGGAAAAUGCGAAGAAAGAAGACAACUAUGAAGUUGAAGGAAUUGAAAUUGGCGGGAGAAAGGAGCUUGAAGACAAUGAUGAUCAUGAUGAAGAUGUGCUUACUGUCAAGAAGAGGGACGUAUUCAAUGUUGCAUCUGACGAACCAGAAGUGCCAUUGCUUUCUACGACGGCUAGAAAAAAUAUAACCAAGGAAAAAUUGGCGAAGAAACUUCUUAAAAAAGGAAUUCCUUUGAAUGUGAACGUAAAGUUUGACGAUGACGGUACUCUUGAGGUAGAUACUUUCUGCGGUUCUAACGGUCUUUUAGGGCGACAUGGCGGUCAAACCGGAAGGAUUGGAUUUGGAGGAAGCGAAGAAAGAAAUAGAGGAAUCUAAUCUUGAAGACAAGAAAAGGCAUAAAGAACUAAUCAAAAAGAUGAGAAAGGUAGGGGUUAUGUCAUAGUAGUUAAUUGAGCGUUUCUAAAAGUUAUAAAUCUAUACAUGUAUUUUUAGGAAAGAAAAUUGAAGAAACUAGGCAAAUUGAAGAGAAAGGAUGACGAACUGGAUUUGGGAGGAUCGGCGGAUGAGGAGGAAGAUCGGGACUUCUCAUGGUUGCCAGAUCCGGAUGCUCCUAAUAACCGGGUUGAAGAUAGUGCGGAGGGCACGUCUGUUGACGAAACCAUGGCUGAAGAUACUGACGACAUUGCUCCAUCUGGGAAAAAGAGAAAACUGAACUCUGUACAGAAUGCAGAGGAAGCGGCUCUGAAAAUGAUGAAGUUUUGA